AUGACUGACUUGAAAAGCAAAGCAGAUGCCUUGAAAGAUAAGGGAAACCAAGAGCUCAAGCAAAACCAUUUCGAAAAGGCCGUCGAGUUUUAUACCGAAGCCAUCAGUCUGAAGCCAAAUCCAAUCUAUUAUUCCAAUCGAGCCCAGGCCCAAAUCAAGUUGGAAAAUUAUGGUUUGGCUAUUGCUGAUGCUACAAGUGCCAUAGAACUGGAUCCAUCUUAUCUUAAAGCUUACUAUCGAAGAGCAGUGGCGACGUUUGCUAUUCUGGACUACAGGAAGGCCAAACUUGACGUGAAGAUGGUGCUCAGUAAGGUGCCAAAUGAUCCUAACUCGAAAAAGUUGGCUGCAGAGAUUGAUCAGAUUAUCAAGAGAAUAGCUUUUGAAAAGGCUAUUGCUGUAGACGAGAAAGAGUCAGUCAUUCAAGAAUUGGAUUUCAACGCAAUACAGUUGGAAAAUGAUUAUGAUGGAGCUCCUUUGGAGAUCGAAGUUACAGGCAAGGGACAAGACAGAAACUUGUCCGUUAAUAUUACCCAAGAAUAUCUCAAGCAAAUGAUUCAAAGAUUCAAGAAUGGUAAAAAGCUUCCAAAGAAACACGCAUUUGCAAUAGUAGCUGCCGCUAAUGAAGUUUUCAAGAAUGAACAUUCUUUGGUAGAGUUUGGAUUUGACAGAAAUAAUAGCCAAGAAGAAGCACUACCAGACACUGUGAAGACAAUCACAAUAUGUGGAGAUACCCAUGGUCAGUUUUACGAUGUUUUGAACAUAUUCGAGUCCUUCGGUAAUGUCGGUCCUAAUCAUGUUUAUCUAUUCAAUGGAGAUUUUGUCGACAGAGGAAGUUGGUCUUGUGAAGUCGCAUUCCUUCUUUUCACACUCAAACUUUUAUACCCCAAGUUUUUCUACUUGAACCGAGGUAACCAUGAAACCAACAGUAUGAACAAAGUCUAUGGAUUUGAAGACGAGUGUAAAUAUAAGUACGGUGAACGCCUUUUCACCUGUUUUUCUGAAGCCUUCAACUCCUUGCCUUAUGCUACUUUGAUAGGUCAAGAGUAUCUGGUAAUGCAUGGAGGACUAUUCAGCGAUGACAAGAAGACCCUUCAGGACAUAAGAAACAUUAAAAGGGUCCCUAAUAGACAGCCACCAAAUGAAGGAGUGGAAAUGGAACUACUAUGGACAGACCCUCAGGUUAUGCCUGGACGUUCGCCAUCUAAAAGAGGUGUUGGAAUUCAAUUUGGACCUGACAUCACUUACAGAUUCUGUAGGAGCAACAAUCUGAAAGCUAUCAUCAGAUCACAUGAAGUCAGAAUGGGUGGUUAUGAGGAAGAACAUGACGGUAAAUUAAUUACCGUGUUUAGUGCUCCUAACUACUGUGACACUCAAGGUAAUCUAGGUGCAGUCGUCAACUUGACAUCAGAUGAAAAGAAAGAGUACAGAAUAGAUUUCAAGACUUUCAAAGAGGUUCCUCAUCCCGACAUAAAACCAAUGGCAUACACAAACUCUGGAGGAUUUUAA